CUCCGAGAAGCCAGAACAGCCGCACGAGUAGCCUGGCUCCACAUGGGGUGGGUUCCUGCUCGCCACGUGUUGUCUCUCCAUCGGUAACCGAAAUCGCCCUCUCCUCGCUCUCGUACGUGCCGGGAGGUUGCUCGUGCGAAGGAUAGUGGGCGGGCCGACGUGGGAUCUGGGGAACCGAAACGUGGCGGGCAUGGAUACACGGCGCGGGAGUUUUAGGCCAUGGGGUGAGUUGGCACGACACGUGGCCGUCGCUAGGCAAUCUGUGGGCUAAGCCAGCCACUAGUAAUAUUUCCCUCUCCUUGCCCUCUUUUUUUCCUUUCUUCGGCAGUUCCCUCUCUCACCUCCUUCACAUCUCUCCCUCCCACAGUCCCACUCCUUUUUAUUUAUUUUUUUGUUGCUUUUUCGAAUUUCUGUAGCGAUGGAAAUGGGUAGAGUCGCCGAGUGGAGUUCGAACUCUGCCGCUGCGUCCUCUUCUACCGCCGCUUCUUCUUCCGCGUCUUCGUCUUCUUCUUUUUCCUCGGCGGCGGCGGCCGGGGUGGAUCGGAUGGUCCGGGUAGAGCUCGAGGCGGCGGAGGCGCUCGCGGAUUUGGCGCAUUUGGCGAUGCGCGAAGGCGGCGGUUCGCCGAGUAAAUGGGGGAGCAAAGGGAAGCGGGCCAAGAAGCGGGUCAAGAGCGAGUCUCCUCCUCCUCCUCCAACUCAUCACUCUGCCUUGAACACUGUCCUUGACUCGGUCCAGGAUCUUCCUCCGGACCAACCAGCUGCUGAGGAUUUUCAGCAGCAGCAGCCAGUGUGUGGAAGUGAAACUAUAGCCAUAAGUCCCGUUAAGCCUGAAAAGAGUGCUGAUCUACUUCAUAAACGUUGUGGAGCUCGGAGCUUCCCGCCGUUUGGUGGUGGUAGAUCGAGGCAAGUUUUGACCGAGGCUGAGAAGGAAGCAAGAAGACUGCGUAGAAUAUUGGCAAAUAGAGAGUCUGCUAGGCAGACAAUUCGCCGUCGACAGGCUCUGUGUGAAGAAUUAACUAGGAAAGCUGCCUGUCUAGCGGUGGAGAAUGAAAACCUGAAGAGGGAAAAGGAGUUAGCUCUGAAAGAGCAGGAGUCCCUGGAGACAACUAAUAGGCAGUUGAAGUCACAGAUGGCCAAGGCAAUAAAAGCCGUGGUAGUGGAAGAAGCAGGAGUAGAACUUAAACAAUCAUGGUUUCAAAUGCCUAACCAUCAUCAACCUGCAAACUGUCAGAUGCUAUUCUACAACCAACACGCAUUUGCACCAUUCUGUUGGCCUCCCAUUGUCCAAUCUCAAGAAGCUCAGGAAACCAGUACAAAUACCAAUGCUAGAACCUCGCUCUACCUAAUGUCCUGCCCUUGGUUCCUGCCCGUGGCUGAUAAUUCCGCCAAUGCUCAGCAUCAUCCUCAGUCCUCCCACGACUUUAAACACUUCCACAAUGUAGUAGCUACGACGGUGGACGACCAAUGCAGCGGUGGUACAUCUAUCCCUCAGAAGGUGGAAUCAGAAGCUGCAGAAGUCAUGGUGAUUGACGAUCUCAACGAGAUUCCAGUGGGAGAUAGAGGUGGGGAAUAUGAUGGACAGCAGGACGAGGUUAUUUUUGCCCCUUCUGUUGCACCUUCAUCAAUUGAUGGUGUUAAAAGUGAGAUCGAUUUGCAGUCUUGCAGUGGGGCAGGUGAUGGUGCUAAGCUAAAAGCUGGCCUGACUUGUGAUCACAAUAUCUUCAGUUUUUCAAGCAAGAAGCUGGUGGAUGCAGCUGCUGCAACCGUGGCGAGGAGGAGAAGAAAGGAGCUCACGAGGUUGAAGAACCUUCAUGGCCGACAAUGUCGAACCAACUGUUAAGAUAUCUCUGUCUUUUGAUCUCAGCUUAUGCAGUUCAGGGCUACUUUUGCUUGUUUGCUGAUUGCAUUAAAAUUUUGGUAGUCUUGUUGAACAGGCCGCUUGUAGGACUUGACCAAAUGUUUUGAGAGCCAAGAGAGGCUAGAAUGAUACUUAUAGAGAGAGAGAGGGUAGUUUUAUUUUCCUUCAAUCAAAAGAGAGGUUUAGAGAUAGGCCUAUAUUUAAAAUAGAGUGUGAUGCUGCCGUUUUGAUGAGCAGAAUUGGAAAGGCAGCUUUGAGCGAGAGGAUGGACAAUGUUUUCCUCCCUGUGCAAUAAACAACUAUUUUCCCUUGUUUGGCUAUUAUGGCAAUCGA